UCAUAAUAAAUCAAGGGAGAUCAACGACGUAUAAUCAAGGGUGUAAUGGAUGCUCUCAGAGCAUCGUACGGAGAGACUUCAUCCGACUCCGACUCGGAUCCUGGUCCGUUCCAUGAACCCGGACCAGCCCAAUCGCCCCCGCCUCUCCCUCCGCCUCCGCUGUCUCUUAUUGAGCCCCCGAACUCGCUAGGUACGCCUGAUUUGUUAAUACAAAGACAUAACCCCAACCGGGUCCGGAGCUUCCCUCACGUUGAGGGCAAUUAUGCUUUGCAUGUUUACAUCCCAGUUACUAUACCAUCGACCCCAAGAAAGGAGGUAACCCUGUUUCUGAAAAGGGUUGCAACUGCAGUACCUGAACUUCAUGUCGUUGAUGUAGAUAUCCCGUUAAGUAAUUUAAUUAAAGAUGAGCAGAAAUUCGAGCAAGUCGUGUUGGGGAAGGAGUUCCAUGUAAGUUUGGGAAGGACUGUUCCAAUUCGGGUGCAUCAAAGGGACUCGGUAGUGGCUAUGCUUCGACAGAGGCUACAAUCUCAUAGGAGGUAUUGGAUUGAUUUUAAUAAGUGGGAAGUUUUCGUCAAUGAUGACCGUACACGUACAUUUCUUUCAAUGGAAGUUACUGCUGGAGGCUUAGCUGAGAUAAAGAAGCAAAUUGAUGCUGUGAAUGAAGUUUACAGGCUUCACAAUCUUCCAGAAUUUUAUGAGGAUCCACGCCCACAUAUAUCUCUAGCUUGGACAGUUGGUGAUAUUAGCAAUUCCUUGAAGAAGGUGAUUGGAGAGGAAAUGAAGAGACAUGUUGCUGUUGGAGGUUUAUCACAUAAACGCAUUUUUACUUGCAUUUUUGGUGGAAUUUCAUGUAAAAUAGGUAACAAGACCUUUGAGGUAUGCAAAGUUCAGGAAGAAUGAGCUGUAUCAUAAAUCAUGUCGACCACUGUACAAAUUCUUGAUGCAAUUCAAUGCCAACACCGAUACUCUUUCAUCCUGCAGUGUUGUUUAGAAAGGAAAGAAAAUGAGUUUGCGGCAGUUCCACAACCUGUUUGAAACCAUUUCACAACUCAUGAAGAUUAUCAGAGUUGCAUUGAGAUCGUGGAAUAUAUUUUUCAAGUUAUUGCAGCAUUACAGUCGCCCCCCCCCCCCCCCCCCAACAGUAAUUUGUUCUUGAUUUCACCGAACUUUUAUCUAUGCAAGUUGUUCUCUCUUGCUUCAAGUACAUUGGUUAUCAAGAAGCAUUAUUGCGUUA